CAACGGGGUCCGUCCCAGCUGGACCCCUUCGUGAACUUCAACCCGAUCCUUCCAUCAAAUUUCCCAGAGGGUUCCAUAUCCGCUUCUUCCUAAUUAUUCUGGGGUGUGCUCACUACCCACCUUCGUAUAUUGCUAGGCGAUAACCCUUGGAUCUGUCAGUCAUCCCCGCCACCAGGACAAAGCGCGAGCAAUCGAACGAUUGGACCGGUCAUUUAUCUCAUCGCGAUUGAGACUUUUGGGAAGAUAGCCUGCACGAAAUAUGAACCCCUCUACAUCAAAUGUGGGAAAGUCUGUCCCUGCGCCAUCGAAUUCCGCAGCUAGUCAAGCUGGUCCAGCGACCUCAAGCUUUGAAUCAUCCCGUCGGCCAUCACAGACUGGUUUCUCAUACUCACAAUCGAUGCCUCGAAAGGUUCAAGGCUCCCGCAAACAACAUCGGGCUCAGCGCAGGCCUGGACUUGGCGACAGAUCAAAUACUGGCCCCGACGACGACGACGACGACGACGACGCCAUGGAUGAGCUAAGAGCUUUCAGGAAUCCCAAUAGCAGGCGCGGCCAAACCUCAAUCACCCAUCUACUCAAUUACUCCAUGCCACGCCCGGUCCAGGAUCAUCAUUCGCAUUCAAGAUCUUAUAGAAGAACUCCAACAUGGGGACCUGGAUCAGGAUACCACGCAAGCGACAAGGCUCGAUACGUCCAUGCCAACUACCGCUUCAUCCUUUCUCCAGAGGGUACAUACAACAAACAAGCCACGGAUGCCGACACCCACCUGGACUGGUCUCUUGUAAUGCAGAUUAUUGCUUCAAGUGAAUCGCAGGGUUCAUCAUGCCCAAUUUGUCUUUCCGAACCAGUGGCGCCACGAAUGGCGAAAUGCGGCCAUAUUUUUUGCUUGCCCUGUCUUAUCCGGUUCAUGAAUUCAGCAUCAAGCGAGGAUGAAGCAAAGGGUCGAGGCCCUAGAUGGAAGAAGUGCCCUAUUUGCGAGGACUCAAUCUAUAUGCAAGACGUACGGCCUGUCAGGUUCUACGCAGGACAAGAAAGCCCAUUUCCUCGACCUGGUGACGACGUUGUGCUACGAUUGAUGGCACGAAACGCAAGCUCUACGAUGGCGCUUCCGCGAGAGAGUGGAUCUGAAGCUCUGUAUUCUGUAGGUGACAUUCCUUGGCAUUUUGCUGCGAAUGUCUUGGACUACGCUCGCAUGAUGAAAGGUACCACCGACUACAUGGCUGCCCAGUACGAUGAGGAGAUUGCCGCACUGGCUCAACAAGCAAAGGAAGACGAAACCCUUUUUGGACAGAACGAUGAAUGGUCCCAGAAAGCGAUCCGGGCUAUCACGGCCGCCAAGGAGAAACUUACAGAGCUUGAGGUUGUGGAAAGCUCAGCAACGUCGGCCAAGCUCUCUGCUGACGCCGACUUUUAUUUUUACAGCUCUCCGCCGCAUCUGUACCUCUCGCCACUGGAUAUCCGUAUCCUCAAAACUAAGUAUGGAUCUUUUUCGGCAUUUCCUUCUACGCUUCUCCCUCGUGUGGAGCACAUCUCUACUGGUCAUGUGGUAGACGAUGCAAUGCGCCGAAGGGCAAAGUACUUGGGACACCUCCCUCGUGGGUGCGUUGUCAAUUUUCUGGAAUGUGACUGGACAGAUAUUGUGCCAGAAGAUACGCUGGCAUCGUUUUCGGCUGAUAUCGAGCGGAGAAGGAGACGCAACCGAGACAAAGAGACGCAGGAGGAACGCGAGCGUCUCCAGGCCGAGCGCCUUGAAGCUGCAAACAUGCGUAAGACCACAGGUUACCAGAGGCUUCCUGAACCGCCAGAGGAAAGCGCCCCUCGAAUGGACCUCGAAGAGUUCCUACCGUUGAGAGGCCACUCUGGUACCACGCCUCCAGAUCAUCGGCCAGGGUUCGAGACAUUGGCUGAGAUGUCAACCAGCCCGUCUAACCAGAAGACUGUCUGGGGCACUAGAGUGGUUAACGGGUCACCAGAGAUGGUACCUGCCCAACAUUUAGAUGUUCACGACGGGUGGCUCAGGGAUGAGGACCUGUUUGACACGGCCGAUAUUGCGAUGCAAAUACAGGCCAUAGAAGCGGCCGAGAGUAGCGUUCAUCCGGAUAGUGUUGGCGGAGCAGGGCCAAGUAGCAGUGGUGGCAAUGGUGGUGGCGGAAAGAAGAAAAAGAAACAGAAAAUCACGCUCAUGAGUACCGGGGGCCGGAGAGGCAACUAGGUCUAUCGUCCCUAUUUUCAGUUUGAGGAGGUAUGAUUCUUUUUCGGUUCUCCACGGCGUGGCACACGGUUCGUAUUACUAGUUUUUAAAGUAAAGAGACGGAGCAGGGUUAUCAGCACCAUAGAAGUUUCAAAGCAACGAAACUUUAUGAAUGAACAACUGGGGGUAAGCAGGAAAGAGAACGAUGCUUGUUAACUGCUUGUACGAUUAAUUCUGAUCGCCAGCCAUCAACAAGCCUCAUCCCAAGAUGCUACGUACAUACCAUACCGCCUUGCCUUUGGCAUUUCGGUUAUGAUAGUCACCGAAAUGAACCUGGUUCAACGUGAC